AUGGCUGCUCCACGAACACAUGCUCUUUCAUUCAAAAUAUUGGCAGAAUGUUCAACAACAAAAGCAAGAGCCAGUCUCAUGAAACUUCCACAUGCAACAGUUGAUACACCUGUAUUUAUGCCAGUUGGUACUCAAGGAACUUUGAAAGGCCUUGUACCUGAUCAGCUGCGGGAAUUAGACUGUCGGAUUGUAUUGGGGAACACGUACCACUUGGGGCACAGACCGGGUCCAGAAUUGCUGGAGAAAGCUGGUGGUUUACAUGAGUUUAUGAAAUGGGACAGAGCUCUUCUAACUGACAGUGGAGGCUUUCAGAUGGUGUCUCUCCUAAAACUGGCGGAAAUCACAGAAGAAGGAGUGAAAUUCCAGUCCCCCCAUGAUGGGUCAGAGAUGAUGUUAACUCCAGAACACUCAAUACAUAUACAAAAUGCCAUAGGUGCAGAUAUUAUCAUGCAGCUUGACGAUGUUGUACACAGCUGUAUAACGGGACCUAGAGUAGAGGAGGCAAUGUACAGGACAAUCAGGUGGCUAGACAGAUGUAUUAAAGCUCACAAAAGACCACAUGAUCAAAACAUAUUUCCUAUUGUACAAGGUGGUCUGUAUCCAGAACUCAGGAAAAGGUGUGCUCAAGAGUUGACAAAGAGAGAUGUACCAGGCUUUGCUAUUGGUGGAUUAAGUGGAGGGGAAUCAAAGGAUGAAUUCUGGAAAAUGGUGGACAUUUCAACAGAUCAUUUACCUAGAGACAAACCUCGCUACUUGAUGGGAGUAGGCUUUGCUGUUGACCUUGUGGUGUGUGUGGCUCUGGGCUGUGAUAUGUUUGAUUGUGUUUUUCCUACCAGAACUGCUAGGUUCGGCAAUGCAUUGACAUCCACAGGGACCUUAGUUCUACACAGGUCAGAGUUCGCUGAAGAUUUUCAUCCAAUCGAGGAAGACUGUUUAUGUUCGACUUGUAAGAAUUACACGCGGGCCUAUCUACACAGUAUCGUAGAGAACGAGGCAGUGUCGUGUUCUCUUAUCACUAUACACAAUGUAGCAUACCAGCUACGACUGAUGAGAACCAUGCACAAUAAGAUAGUGGAAGACAAGUUUCCCGAGUUUAUUCAGGACUUUUUUAACAAACUGUAUCAAGAUGGUGAUUACCCUCAGUGGGCCGUAGAUGCACUAGCUUCUGUCAAUGUCCAGCUUAAGAAAUCCUGAUUGUGGCUUAAAAGACUACAAAACAGGUGAAAUGAAUUGACUGUGUCAGCAGCUAUUCCUGAAAUUUUCAUAAAUUAAUUAGCAGGAACUGGAUAAAUAGGCAGCAAGUAUCCUUGAAAUAGAUGUGUGCAAUUUGACAACAAGGUGCUCAGUAUGUGUGUCUGGAUUCACAGGCAACUUGUGUGAUGUUUUCUUUUACAUUUAGAAUGGAAGCUGGCAUCCACACAAUAUUGAUUAUUAAUUUUACUAAUUGCAAGUGCUUAUAGAGGUAACAGGAUUUCAAAUACAGAUACUAAGUUCCAUUUGUCAGUUUAGAUACUGAAGCAGACAUCUGACUGUGCAUUUCAUCAGCUGUUUUUAAGUGUCAGUAUUUGUAAUUCCUUUUUAGGUUAUAAAGAUGAAAAAGAUAUGUGCUAUUAAAUUAAGGUCCCAUUUCUUUUAUACAUUCAAGGGUCAUACAUUUGGAUCUGUAGGAAUCAAAUGACUCAGAAUGUUAACUCAAAGACACAGCUGUCACCUUCAACUGUAAUUGGAAACCUUUUUACUAGAAGUCAGAAAAAGUAAAAAGGGAAACACGUUUUGCACACCUGUAUUAUAUUCAAGAAAUAUGACACUCUUUAUUCAGACAUUAAAUUUUAUCUAUGUG